AUGCUGGUUAUAGCUGGUAACGUCAUUUUCUUGUUUUCAUUUUAAUAAUGAAUUUAAAUAUUAUUACAAUUUUCAUGUUUUGAAAAACUUCUUCUUAAGCGCCUCAACCCAAUUGUUGAAGCAAAGCAACUUAUACCAAAUCACCAGUUUGGAUUUCGUAUAAAACACUCAACUAUCGACCAAGUUCAUCGCGUAACGAACGUGAUCAGUAAGGCGUUAGAAGAGAAAAAUUAUUGUGGAGUACUUCUGGAUGUAGCCCAAGCCUUUGACAAAGUUUGGCACAAAGGCCUGUUGUUAAAAUUACGUAAGCAGCUUCCACACACGUGGUGCGCACUCCUCAAAUCAUAUCUGACUGAAAGACAUUUCCGCGUUAGAUACGAAGGAACGAUAACUAAUUGGAAGUGUAUAUCAGCUGGAGUACCUCAAAGUAGCGUUCUCGGACCUUUUUUUUACCUACUCUAUACAGCUGAUAUUCCAACUAACGACAAUACAAUGAUAGUUAUGUUCGCCGACGACACGGCAAUACUGUCAACAAGGAAGGACCAACAAGCUGCGACUGAGAUCCUACAAACGACAAUCAACACCGUAUACAACUGGACGAAACGAUGGAAAAUAAAAAUUAAUGGAGAUAAGUCGGUGCGCGUUAACUACACCUUACGUAAAACCACAUACAUCCAGUCACGCUGAAUCAACAAAUAAUUUCGCAAAAUGAUUCAGCGAAAUAUCUGGGAAUGCACAUUGACUCACGACUGAACUGGAAACAUCAUUUACGCCAGUUGCAAAGUUGCAAAUCAAACAAAAAAUGCACAAACUGUACUGGCUAAUUGGACGACACUCCGAGCUAGACUUAAGCAGCGAACGUCUCUUGUAUGCAUCGAUUGUUAAACCGAUUUGGAUUUAUGGUAUUCAACUGUGGGGUUGUGCCAGUAAGUCCAAUAUCGGAAUAAUACAACGAUGCCAGAGCAUCGCUCUUCGUACCAUCGUCGCAGCAUAUUGA